AUGCUUGGGUGUCCGAAGUCCGUCCUGUACAGCCCAAGGGAGGCCCAGAAAGGCUCCAAGACGGCCUCGCUAUGUUUCACGGCGCCGCCAGAAGCCCAGAAGAUCACCCUCCGCUGCCUUACGGCUCCAGGCAAGGGACAGUUGCCUGAGCCCAUCACACUCGCCCGACUCUUUUUAUCCAUAGCAUAUCUUGGCAUUUGUUGCUCUGCAGAUGAAACAGAUAUUGUUGACGGGCGCAUUUACCUUAAUUUCGAGUUCGUGCGCAUCAUAUGUUGCCCAGCCAAUUGUUGUAAGCAAUAA